AAAAACAACAAUCAUAGUACUAUGAACACUCACUAUGUUAUCCUUAAAUUCAGUAACACCUUUCUGCAAUUCUCAAAGGACCAAACUCCAUAAUUCUUACACACUUCAAACUCUCUUAUUACAAAUUCAACCCCAAAUUUGAAUCAUUUACACUAUGGAUGUUGUAACUUUUGGCAUAAUAAUAGGAAUAAUAAUACUUUUCUUCUGUGCUGUUUGUGUAAUCACCAUAGAAGGCACUUGCAAAAACCGCAAUUCUUGAUUUUCCCAAACACGUCCUUAUCAUCAUCCUCCAUAUAUUUAGGAUUUUGGUCUUACCCAGAUUGUCAAAAUGUCAACUUUAGUGAAAAUUUGUGUAAUCACCAAAGAAGGCGGUUGAAAAACAAGCAAUUCUUGAUUUUCCUAAUACCCUUUUCCCAAACACGCCCUUAACUUUCAAUCUCGCAUAAAUAUAGGGUUUUCUCCAGGUUAUUGGUCUUACCAAGAUUGCCAAAAUGUCAACUGUGAAACAGAUUUGUGUAAUCACUAUAGAAGGCACUUGAAAAACAAGCAAUUCUUGAUUUUUCCUAAUACCCUUUUCCCAAACACGCCCUUAACUUUUCAAUCCCACAUAAACAUAGGGUUUUUUCAGAAUUUUGGUCUUACCCAAAUUGUAAAAAUGUCAACUUUAGUGAAAAAGAUCUGUUUUUUCUUGAUUAUCGCUACUACUUUAGGGGUAGUGAUUUUUGGUUCUAAUGUAGAAGCAAAGGUUCUAGAAGAUUCACAUCAUCAGUGUAACCAUGGUCAUGGUCAUGUCCAUGAGGGGCAUGGGCAUCAUCAUCAUGGGGUGAGUGAUGUUAAGGAGAGGAAGCUUCUAGAGGAAUUGGCAGAAGAGGAGGAUCUGAAAUUGUAUGGAUUUGGGUCCCAUGAUGACAUGGAUGGACAUCAUCAUCAUCAUCACACACCCAAUGGAGCAAAGGAUCUUACUGGUCUUGCUCUAUGGGUCAAAGCAAUGGGUUGCUCCCUAUUGGUGAGCUUGGCUUCCCUUAUCUGCCUGAUUAUUUUGCCUUUAAUAUUUAUAAAAGGGAAGCCGUCGAAAACAGUUGUAGAUUCCUUGGCGUUAUUUGGGGCAGGAGCCAUGCUGGGGGAUGCUUUCCUUCACCAGUUGCCACAUGCUUUUGGUGGUGGACACUCCCACUCACAUGAUGACCACGAUCAUCUUCAUGAUCACUCCAGUCAGUCACAUGCCCAUUCGUUGGAGGAUCUUUCCGUUGGAUUGUCCAUUUUGGCUGGAAUUGUGCUCUUUCUUAUUGUUGAGAAGCUCGUGAGGUAUGUCGAAGAAUUUUCUGGAGGAGUCGAUGAAUGGAGUCAUGGUCAUCAUCAUCAUCAUCAUCGUCAUACACACAUCACAAAAUUGAAGGAUGACACUGAUGCUAAUGACAAUCUCCAGGAACUGUCUCAGGAGAAGAGCGGAAGCCUAUCAGAAAAGACAGCUGGAGGAAGUGGAGUGGAUGGAGUGUCUGCUGACUCUCCCAGUGGGGAGAAAUCAAGUGAAGGAGCUAUUCUCCGAAAGAGGAAAACUGGCUCUGGUGCUGCGGAAGACAAUACUGCUUUAGAUGCUCCAAAUGGGUCUACCGAUUCUGGAUCAAUUGGAGAGGAACCGGCUAAACCACGGUCAAGCCUUGUCUUUGGUUAUCUCAACCUCUUCUCUGAUGGUGUCCAUAAUUUUACUGAUGGGAUGGCACUGGGAAGUGCGUUCCUCCUUUAUGGAUCAGUUGGUGGGUGGUCAAGAACUUUGUUUCUUCUCGCUCAUGAGCUUCCUCAAGAGAUAGGUGACUUUGGAAUCUUGGUGAGGUCUGGGUUCAGUGUCUCCAAAGCCCUCUUCUUUAACUUCUUAUCUGCACUAGUGGCACUAGCGGGAACUGCACUGGCAUUGACAUUGGGACAAGAUGCUAGUCAUUCGUCAUUGAUUGAGGGGUUUACUGCUGGCGGCUUCAUCUACAUUUCGGUUGCUGGAGUGUUGGCUGAAAUGAAUAAUAGUGGGAGGACGACGUUGGUGAAUACAUUAGUCCAACUUAUCUCGCUGGUAUCAGGGAUGGCUGUUGCUCUUUGCAUCUCCCUUAUUGAAUGACGAUAUACACUACAUAUCGCUAUUGUAGAGAGGAGAGAGGGUUGGCGUUUACCCUAACAGGGAUGAGAAAAGCCUUCCGGGGUUUACCUGUUACGACACAUCCGGGCAGACUAUACACAUCAUGAGAAGUUCAUCUUUUACAUUUUGUUUUCUUCUUUUUCAGCAUUUUCGCUUGUUAUUUUGGUUGUAUAAAUCAGCGAAAGAGGAUACUAUAUGAUGUCUAAAUUCGUGAAC